GUGAUUUCCUCUUAGGUAGGAGGAACCCAGGGUCAGUGGCUGAAAACACUGAGGGGGAUCACAUUUCACAGCUCCUCUCCAGCUCCUCUCUCCAGAGACCAUGGCCUUGGGCGCCCCCAGGAGGGGCCUUCUGUUGCUGCUGAUGGCCUUGGGCCUGACCCAGAGCGACCCUGUGAGGCCCUAUCGGGGACCGCUGGUGACCUGCACGUGUGAGAACCCACAUUGCAGGGGGCCUACCUGCCAGGGGGCCUGGUGCACAGUAGUGCUGGUGCGGGAGGAGGGCAGGCACCCCCAGGAACAUCGGGGCUGCGGGAACCUGCACCCGGAGCUCUGCAAUGGGCGCCCCACUGAGUUCGUCAACCACUACUGCUGCUACAGCCCUCUCUGCAACUACAACGUGUCCCUGGUGCUGGAGGCCACCCGAACCCCUUCGGAGCAGCCUGGAGUAGAUGGCCAGCUACCUCUGGUCCUGGGCCCUGUGCUGGCUUUACUGGCCCUGGUGGCCCUGGGUGCCCUAGGCUUGUGGCAUGUCCGGCGGAGGCAGGAGAAGCAUCGGGGCCUGCACAGUGAGCUGGGCGAGUCCAGCAUCAUCCUGAAGGCAUCCGAGCAGGGGGACAGCAUGCUCGGGGACCUGUUGGACAGUGACUGCACCACAGGAAGUGGCUCGGGGCUUCCCUUCUUGGUGCAGAGGACAGUGGCGCGGCAGGUCGCCCUGGUGGAGUGUGUAGGAAAGGGCCGCUAUGGCGAGGUGUGGCGGGGCCUGUGGCACGGUGAGAGUGUGGCUGUCAAGAUCUUCUCCUCCAGGGACGAGCAGUCCUGGUUCCGGGAGACCGAGAUCUACAACACAGUGCUGCUCAGACACGACAACAUCCUAGGCUUCAUCGCCUCAGACAUGACCUCCCGCAACUCGAGCACGCAGCUGUGGCUCAUCACACACUACCACGAACACGGCUCGCUCUACGACUUUCUGCAAAGGCAGACGCUGGAGCCCCAGCUGGCCCUGAAGCUAGCUGUGUCCGCGGCCUGCGGCCUGGCCCAUCUGCACGUGGAAAUCUUUGGCACACAGGGCAAACCGGCCAUAGCCCACCGUGACCUCAAGAGCCGCAACGUGCUGGUCAAGAGCAACCUGCAGUGUUGCAUCGCUGACCUGGGCCUGGCUGUGAUGCACUCUCAGGGUAGCGACUACCUGGACAUUGGCAACAACCCGCGAGUGGGCACCAAGCGGUACAUGGCUCCUGAGGUGCUGGACGAGCAGAUCCGCACUGACUGCUUCGAGUCCUACAAGUGGACCGACAUCUGGGCCUUUGGCUUGGUGCUAUGGGAGAUCACCCGCCGGACCAUCAUCAAUGGCAUCGUGGAGGACUACAGACCACCCUUCUAUGAUGCAGUGCCCAAUGACCCCAGCUUUGAGGACAUGAAGAAGGUGGUAUGCGUUGACCAGCAGACCCCCACCAUCCCCAACCGGCUGGCUGCAGACCCGGUCCUGUCAGGCCUGGCUCAGAUGAUGCGGGAGUGCUGGUACACCAACCCCUCGGCCCGCCUCACUGCGCUGCGGAUCAAGAAGACACUACAGAAACUGAGCAACAGUCCGGAAGAGCCCAAAGUGAUUCACUAGCCCAGCACCUGACCCCCUCUGCCUGGAGGGAGAGGUGAUGGUGGCCUGUGUUGGGUAGAGGCGGUGCAAUGUUUGUGCUGGGGAAGGGGUGUCUCUCUGUGGGGCAGCUGCGCCUGCUUGCCUGCUCGGCCCCCAGCCCAUCCAGCCAAAAAUACAGCUGGACUGAAACUCGAUCCCCAGCCGUCUGGCCUGCUGAAAGCAGCAGGCUCCCUGACGCCUGGCUCCUCCCCAGCCCCCAUGCCAGCAGGGCGUACCCCCUACAACCCCCAGGACGGGAUGCAAAAAAGGCCCCAGAGCCAGGGUGGCCAAGCCAGGGAAUCCCAGUCCUGGGCUCAGAGCCUGGGCCCGCACUUUACCCCCUGCCCUUGGUUAACCCCACUGCCCCACCAGAGCUGCCAGGGUGAUAUAGGGCCCUGUCCAGCCUUCAGCAGACACCCUGCCCUGCCAGUCCCCAGCCUCUGGCACAAACCCCAGACACACAGGGUGCAUCAGUUUCUGUGACUUUUGUCUCUCAGCCCCAUGAUGCCCUGGGCCUUCUGUUCUCCCUGCAAGACCCCAGCUAGCUGAAUGCCAGCUGCCUGGGAGAGCUGGGGCCUAUCCGUGGACCCCUCUUUCCCCAACCUAGCAGAUUUAUUAGGUCAUUAAAACCCAAGUGAUUCUGCUAAGGGUGCAGCAGGGUCAUAGGCCAGUGGAGAUGUGGCAAGUCAGAUAGGUAAGGCGCAGGGCUUUCAAAAUAACUGAGAGGACUUACAGACCAAGUGUGGCCAGGGAAAGGCUCAGUUGGGAGUCAGGAGACUAAGAUUCUGGUCCUGGCUGCUUGCUCUACAUGAUGAGAGCUGGGCCUUCACUGUCGUGGAACCUUGUUUCAUCUACAUAAUGAUAGAUGUGGUCCUGAUGUCCUUUGAGGUUCCUUCAGCUCUAAUUUUUUUUUUUUUUUGAAAUUUCAGCCUGUAUCAGAGCUAAGUUCAUCAAUCUCAUCUACCCCUUAUGCCCAGCCCCUGACAAUUUGCCUCAAGAUAUGGAUUUGAAAAUAACUUUAUCUGAAGCCAGGAGUAUCUGAAACACCUCCUAAUCUAAUUCCACAAGCUCCAAUUCCUGCUUUAGCCCAUGCCAGUGACCAUACUUGGGUCCAGACAACCUUCUGACCAACAAGCGUAUUUCCCCCUCUCCUUUCUGUGGCUUAACUUUCACUGCCCCAGGCUGAGGGGCAGCUUCCUCCAGGGUCUCCCAAGCUGAGGUCCAGCCAAGACGCUUCUAGCAGCCAGGUUCCUGCUCCCCACUGGCCCCUGGCCCAGGUCCACACCCUUGGCCAGGCCCCAGAGAGUAUGUGUCUCAGGAGAACUCGGUGACUCUAAACACUGACAAAUUCAAAAUUUGGCCAUGCACCCAUGAGGGUACCCUGAGCCCUAGGUGGGCGGAUGGGCAGUAGGGAGGUGAGUUGGAGGUAGAGCCUGAGCGAGGUCAGAGGGGGGCUCAGGCUAGGGACAAGGACAGCUGUUCUCAGGGCAGGGUGGAGAGGAACCCUCAGUUCUAUUUCGGGCCAAUGAAGAAAACACACCUGUCCUUCUCUCCUGCUGUAAAUGACCCCUCACAACCUCCUUAGUCGUUUUCUUGUGUGUUUCUUCCACCGUCCUUGUUGCAGUUUCCAAGGCCUGUCUUCCAGUAUUAUGCAAGGCCAGGAGGAAAACCAGGAAGUGAGAACCAGGAAGUGAAACUGGGUAAAAACAGAAAGUAAAAUGGGCCAGCCCGGUUCCCAGAGCACCACAGCUGGCUUGCUUCCGGGCAGUUUCGUGUUCUCUGGUCGGUGGAACCCACCCAACGCAGCAAUCCGUGCCCGCCACCCCGAGGUAUUUUAUCUCUACUGGAUCUUGGGGGCAAACUCCUCUGAGACCCGACAGCUGGAAACCGAGACUCCCAAAAGACUGGAAAAUUCUUAAGAGAAGGUGUGAGGUAGAAGGUGGCGCGGCGCGAACAGGGGGAGGGUUGAGAGAAGGAGGAACAGCUAACGACCAGAGAGGAGGAAGUAUUGGUGAGCACGGUCUGCAUCUUUCUUCUGUCGCAGGGCGAGAGGGUGUUGUUGGAGGAGAGCACCGUUUGUUGAAGCACUUAGCAUGUGCCUGGGGCAUAAUAAGGGCAUAAUACGUCCCCAAGAAACGAUGGCUGAAUCCUGA